UUUGAAUAAUCAGAAUUUGAAAUAGUAUGAAUUGGUUAGUGAAAGGGUGAAGUAGUGAAUUGAAAGAAUGAGUUUAGAAAUGGCAGCGGAAUCAUCAGAAGGUGAAGAAGAAGGAAAGCUAAGCGGAGGUAACCAAGUUUUGAUUGUAGAUGAAGACCUCCGUGAAUUAGGGAAAAAAGCCGCCUGGAGUGUUAGCUCCUGCAAAACCGGCAACGGCGUUUCUUCUCUUCGCGACGAUAAUCUCGAAACCUAUUGGCAAUCUGAUGGUGCUCAACCUCAUUUUGUUAACAUUCAAUUCCAAAAGAAAGUUCGAUUACAAUUAGUUGUGCUCUAUGUGGAUUUUAAGCUUGAUGAGAGUUAUACACCCAGUAAGAUUUCCAUUCGUGCAGGGGACGGUUUUCACAACCUUAAGGAGAUUAAAGCUGUGGAACUUGUGAAACCAACUGGUUGGCUUUAUCUCUCAUUAUCUGGACUUGAUCCUCGUGAAACUUUUGUCAACACUUUUAUGUUGCAAAUUGCGGUUUUAUCAAACCAUCUCAAUGGAAGGGAUACUCAUGUGCGGCAGAUCAAAGUUUAUGGGCCAAGACCGAACCCCAUUCCGCAGCAACCAUUUCAAUUUACUUCAACAGAAUUCAUCACCUACUCUACGAUAAGAUGACGUUUUAUGAAGGAGUUAAUCAAGCCAGUCUAGUGUUAAAUUGGAGAAGACUGCUCACUGAUUGAUUAUAUCAUGCAGAGAUUCUAAACCAAACCACUAGCCAUUCAGAUGGUAAAAAUAUAUCUCACUGAUACCAAUGUCAAAACAUGUCAUCAGGAAAUGUGGCUGUCAGUGUACCGCUUGCUGGUACUUAUAGUUUGGUUAGAUUUGCAAGUGGGUUUAUAAUAGGAUUAGAUAUGGCCCUUUGUUUCUUGCUUAUUUAUAGUUUGUUUAGAUCUGCAAGUGGUUUAUAAUAGGAUUAGUUAUGGGAUCUGCAUUCUCUGAGGCAUCCUAUUUUUAUUAUUUCAGAACAAAAAGAUAUGUGGAUAUCAUUUGAAUUUCUUUGCAAUAUUCAACCUGCUAUCUUUUUUCCUUU